AUGUCCGACAUUGAAGGGUGGCGAUCAUCGCCAGACACCCGAGGAACGAUUGACAUCCUGUGGUCAUGUCUUUCCACACUGGCGCUCUGCGUCUGGACAGCGAUCCAUCCGAAUAUCCCCGUCGUAUACAAGUUCUGGCCGGUAUUCUUUGACCGGCUAGGCCUGAUGGGGUUGGCUAUUGUCUUCCCUGAAAUUAUCAUCACCGCAGCCUGGAGUCAGAGGCGACGGGGCCAAUCUCUGUUAGCAGACGUCAAUCGGUCCUUUGGGUACUUGCCCAAGGUUUCAGGGCCAAAGCUCCGUACCAGAAAUCUAUUCAAGAAAAGCCCCUACAAGUCACCCAAUGACUCCAUCCGUCAAACCGAUUCGCCUCUGACCACUUAUUCCGGCGUGGAGCUUGUGGCUCUUCCAGCAUCUGACAAUUCCCGCAUUGCAAGGCAUCAUCAAUGGGACCUCGAUCGGGCGCUUUUUGGCGUAAUGGGAGGAUACGCCAUGGAAACACGAUAUCACACACACGACGGCGAGGAACACAUACUCCGACGCCUUGUUACUGCGGACGGAAUCUCCAUCCUUGCUAGGAUCGGUGAGCUUCCCGCUAUCACAUUAAACGACAUCGAGGAGAGAAGUAAAGCGGACAUCUUCGCCAAAUCAAUUGUCGUCGGCCAAAUUAUCUGGUUCGCGCUGCAGGUCUUUGGCAGAUUAGGCCGGAACCUACCCGUCACACCUCUCGAGACCCACACGGCAAUCCAUGUGGGCUGUACGAUUCUUGUCUAUAUCAUCUGGUUCCACAAGCCGUAUAAUCUGACACAGUCCAUUGUUGUCAAAGGACCCCAGGCACAGAAUAUUGGCGCUCUAUUUAGCUUUCAUGAUAUCUCUCGUGAUGUUUACCGUCAGCAGUGGCAUCGGUACGAAGAUGAGAGAAUCGAAUAUUGGAAGACUCGUGUUAUACAGGCAUCUCGUGGAGACACGAACUUCUCUUCUCCUCCCCAAGCCCCCGUGUCUAUGGGUCUUCGCCAAGCACUCCAGCACUAUAAACUUGAGCCCAAUCUGGAUGCACCUGACAAGCUACGUCAGGAUAUCGAGAUUCUUCAUGCCCUCGCAGAAAACGCCACUCAGGGUCUUCAUUACAUCGAGAGCCGAGGAUGCUCCGCUCUCGACCACCCUUCGUCUGGCAAUCUGAAGCUCCUUCGCGACAGUGCCGAGAAUUUCGCAAUCCGGUCCGUAUGGGGUGGCUGGAGCUCUGAUAUCGGACACGAACCUUCUCUAGCCAAAGGGAUCCAUGUCCUAUUCAACGUCCUGUAUGGCGGGUCCCAUCUUGCCGCGUGGUCUUCUUUCUUCCCGUCCACCGUGGAGUCCUGGUUAUGGCGUUGCUCGGCCUUGUUUCUGACCACUGUCCCUCUGUGGGGACUACUGUGGAUUCUCUGGUGGAGGGGGUUAUAG